AUGAAGAUUGCCGUUCGCAGUGCGUGCGUGGUGCUGGUCUUCUUUGUGCUGGGCAGCAGCCUGCCAUCCUCUCCUCCACCAGCAGCCACACUCGAGCACUGCGACACAUACACGGCGCGAUCGCUGCGUCCAUGCACUCCCACUGCUGCUGCAAGGUGCAUUCGAGAUUGGGUCGGAGGAGAUUCAUCGUCCAUCAGCACCACGUCGAUCCAGGACGCUGCUACUGCUGCUGCUACUGCGCUCAUCCGACACACUGCCAGCACUGCAGCUCAUCGACAAUCUCGGUGGCGGACUGCCGGCGGGUGGAUUGGCGUUGCCGACGCGGCCGAGCUCGUCCAAGUCCAGGUGCUCUCCCGCCACGGCAACCGGGCGCCGAACGUCUUUGUCAAGUACCUGUGCCCACCCGAGAAGAUCAACAUUAAGCAGUACGGCGUGCCCCCAGCAGCACUCACGCGGCGUGGGUUGCUUCAGCUCCAGCAGCUGGGCGCGCACAUUCGCCAAGUCUACAUGCUCGAAUCCGGGUUUCUGUGCGACAAGUUUGCUGUUCCGGCGAAUUCGACGUGCGUUCGAGCAGGCGAUGCUGCAGCGACGACGACGACGACGACGACGAUUGCAAUGCCGGUGACUGGAGAUGACAUCCGUGAAGACGAAUCGAGCGGUGCCUUGCACGAUGGCGAUGAUCACCACGAGUACAACGGGAUGGCGGAGGAGCCAAAUCUACAAAGCAUCCGCCAGCCGUUGGUCAAAAAGGUCAAGGCGAUCGUGCCAAUGCUCGAGAGCGACGAUCUCCCGCCACUCAUUCCAAAGUCGGGCAGAGUCAGUCCAUCGCUCCCCUGCUCCAACUGCAGCGAGUCUGAAUCGCCCGAAACCAAAGACACUGGGCUUGUUCUGGCAACCUGGCAGGCUCUGUCCGAGCGUACACGCGCGUCCAAGCUCCAGAUCACCCGAGACACGCACGACUUUUUGACAGACGUCCAUGUACGAACGAGUGGCGGCUCGCGCUGCAUGGAAAGUGCGCUUGCCACCGUGCUCGGCCUGUACCCAGACGCGCUAGACUACGGCUCACCCGUUCCAUUGCAUGUCACUCCCGUCGAGCACGACCACUUUCUGGAAGUCAGGCACGCUGGCUGCAAACUGCAGUGGAAGAAGGACAACCGCGUGUUCAAGGACAAUGGCAGCGUGGCGUUUGCUCAAGCCAAUCCGAACGAAGUUGCCAUCAUGAGUCGAGUCUGCAAGCUGGAUCUCAUGCAAAUUGAAAACCAAACCAUGCAUCGGAUACACCUUGUCCGAGCCAUCAAGGAAAUCAGCGACGCCUUCAUUUUUGACGAUUUGGAAGGCAUGACCCUGACCGGCAACAUGACCAAAGACGAGCUUUCCCUCAUUCAUGGUUUUGCGCAUCGCAUGCUUCGGAUACGCUACUUUAACGAGCUGCGCAAAAUCACCUACUGGGCAGGCGAAAUCCCAAACGUCCUGCUGGGCAACUUUAAAGCGGCCAUGAAGCGCCGCUCGGGUACCAAGCGGCUGUAUAUUUAUCACGGACACCGAGAAAACUUGUACGCCAUCGCCGAGCUUUUGCACCUCGAGCUGUCCGAUCUGGGUAUUCCAAAAACGGCCAUCUUGCCGGCUGCGACACUCUUCUUUGAGCUGUAUCGUCGCGACGAAGACGAGCAGGCCGUCUGGGAGAUUGAGAUGCUCCAAGAGCAAGAGCGCCGCGCACAAGUGCUUGCCGCCCGUAAAAUGUACCAUGACGGCGCCGAUGCGGCCGAUACCACGCCACACAAUGACGAAGCGGAGGAUGAUCCGGGCGUGACCCUCGACUUUGAUCGCCUGACGUCCGCCGAGGAAUCCAAGUUCGGGGCAGAUGGAGCUGGCAAAGGGGUGGAGCGAGAGUUUUUUGUGCGCGCCUUCAUGUGGCGGCCCUGCGAUGCCAGUAACAAGCUUUGUCGACCCUAUCGCAAACCCAUCCGCAUCCACGACUGCGCCAUGGACUGCCCCUUGGCUCAAGUCCGCCUCCGCGCAUUCCGCCACAUUGCGCGCACGGGUCCCUGGACGACGCUCUGCGACUAUCCUGCCAACUCUGAUAUUUACAAGGAUGCCAUCAUUGACAAUCUGGGUCAAAGCGAGCACCUGACUGUGCCUUACUUUACACCAAAAUGGUGGAUGCUGCAAGAGCUGCGCGCCAAUCCCUGGCCCGAGUCUGUAGAGUCUCAGUUCAUGCCAUGAGGCGAUAGUUCCAAAAAAAGCAUUCAAGUUAUUGUCGGAAGCGAAUGUAUUUUUUUGUUAUGUUUUUGUGUAUUCGAGC